AUGGCGGCACAAUGUGUGACAAAAGUGGAACUGAGUGUCUCCUGUAACGAUCUUUUGGAUAAAGAUAUAGGCUCAAAGUCAGACCCUUUGUGUGUAUUGUUAUUGAAUACCAAUGGACAACAGUGGUAUGAGGUUGAACGCACAGAAAGGAUUAAGAAUUGUUUGAAUCCCACAUUCACCAAAAAAUUUCACAUUGAUUAUUAUUUCGAAGUGGUUCAGAGGCUGAAGUUUGGGAUUUAUGACAUUGAUAAUAAAACCAUUGAUUUGAAUGAUGAUGAUUUCUUGGGAGAAUUUGAAGGGACUCUGGGACAAAUUGUUUCUAGUAAGAAGAUAACUCGACCAUUGGUCCUCAAAAAUGGAAAACCUGCAGGGAAAGGGAGCAUCACGAUUUCAGCAGAAGAAGUAAAGGAUAACAGAGUGGUCUUAUUUGAAAUUGAAGCAAGAAAGCUGGAUAACAAGGAUCUAUUUGGAAAAUCUGAUCCCUACCUGGAAUUUCACAAGCAGACAUCAGAUGGGCAGUGGCUAAUGGUACACAGAACAGAGGUCAUUAAAAACAACUUGAAUCCUGUUUGGAGGCCUUUUAAAAUUUCUCUGAACUCUUUGUGCUAUGGAGAUAUGGACAAAACCAUUAAGGUAGAGUGCUAUGAUUAUGAUAAUGAUGGAUCACAUGAUCUCAUUGGAACUUUUCAAACUAGCAUGACAAAACUAAAAGGAGCCUCCCGAAAUUCUCCUGUUGAAUUUGAAUGCAUAAAUGAAAAGAAGAGGCUGAAGAAAAAAAGCUACAAAAAUUCUGGUAUUGUCAGUGUGAAACAUUGUGAGAUUACAGUGGAAUGCACUUUCCUUGACUACAUCAUGGGAGGAUGUCAGCUGAAUUUUACCGUGGGAGUAGAUUUUACUGGUUCAAAUGGGGAUCCUCGAUCUCCGGACUCUCUUCAUUACAUCAGCCCCAAUGGAGUUAAUGAAUAUUUGACUGCUAUCUGGUCUGUUGGGAUGGUCAUUCAAGAUUAUGAUGCUGAUAAGAUGUUUCCAGCCUUUGGAUUUGGGGCCCAGAUACCGCCUCAGUGGCAGGUAUCACAUGAGUUUCCCCUAAACUUCAACUCAGAAAGCCCCUUCUGUAAUGGAAUCCAAGGCAUCAUAGAUGCGUAUCGGAACUGCCUUCCUCAGAUUAGACUUUAUGGGCCAACUAACUUUUCUCCAAUAAUAAAUCACGUGGCCAGGUUUGCUGCUGCAGCCACACAGCAACAGACAGCAUCACAAUAUUUUGUGCUUCUGAUCAUCACUGAUGGUGUGAUCACAGACCUCGAUCAAACCAGGCAGGCCAUAGUGAAUGCUUCCAAACUGCCCAUGUCUAUAAUCAUCGUUGGUGUUGGAGGGGCCGACUUCAGUGCAAUGGAGUUUCUUGAUGGUGAUGGUGGAACACUCAGGUCCCCGACUGGAGAGGCUGCUAUCAGAGACAUCGUUCAGUUUGUUCCCUUCAGACAAUUCCAGAACUCUCCAAAGGAAGCCCUUGCUCAGUGUGUCUUGGCAGAAGUUCCCCAGCAAGUGGUGGGUUACUUCAAUACAUAUAAACUCCUCCCUCCGAAGAAUCCUGCUACGAAGUAAUGGAAACAGCCCAGGCCAUCUCAGAAGAAUUCUUCUGUGCCAAGUGGAGCUGUGGGUGCAUUAUCUCUCCCCAAAAUGCAUUCACCAGUAUUGUUUCUUGUGGCCCUUUCUGGCCUCCCUUCGUGUGAUGUGAUUCUUUUUCGACAUGGAGCCAUAUCUAUUUUAAUGCAUUUCUUUUGGAAUAUAAUUUUUGUACAUGCUUGUGAAUUUCUUUUUUUUAAAACAUGUAAAGUGGAUCUCUGUGAAGUGACUUCAUUGACUGGUAAUUGGCAGGAAUUGAACUGAGGCAUAUUUUAGGUGAGGAAGUGGUGGUAGGAUGACUUUUCCUUUGAAUUAAUUGUCUAUGAAUGUGAUAAAGGCAUUUGUGAAUGAUGAUAAGAAGUCACUUUGCUGGAACAAAUGCUAACAAUGAACUGCUAAGCUUGAUUGUUGUCCCAGUCAGUGUGUAUGUCACAAGCAAACUCCCACCCUUGACCAAGAUAAAGCCAUUUUAGCUGACAUGAUUUUGGGGGCAUUUUAACCCGUCCUUCUUAUAUUCCAUCAUUGCCCAUAGCAUGUCAACUUCCUUCACUUGCCACUAAUUGUGCUACGGUCUAUAAGUGAUAUUGUUUUGUAAAUUAAUGCUUUUGCCUUGAGGUGAAAGCACAGACUUAAAUUCUUAUUAAACAUAGACAAACAAUUCUCUGUUGCCUUUUUGGCUCUUUACCAAUGAUUGUUUCAUGGAAGAUGAUUCUGAAGAUGAUCAGGCUGAAUGUGGGUCUUGUUCUUAAACCGCUUCAGGCAAAAUAGAAGAUUCUUUAGAAAUUAAAGACUUAGUUUUUAUGGUGCUUGCAGAUCUUUCCAGCUGGUUAGGUGUUCAGCUCUGUUCCCCUGGGUUGUGAGCCUCAGAGUUUUAGUUUGCUGAGAAUGCUGCAGAGUGGCUCCUGAGUGGACCCCAGUGCAUUGAGGAACAGCUCUGUGCCCCCACGGUCCGGGAAGCCUUUGCUUUUUCCUGAAGCCCACUUCUUUCUAUUUCUUGCAAACCACUUGUUAAUCAGUGCCAAGGGAUUACUUUUACCUCAUUAUGCAACCUUUUUUUAAGAGAUUUUUUUUCCCUUGAGGGGUAAUAGUGAUUUCCUGCCAAUUAAUCUAUCAUAUUGUUCUUUAAAGGUAUAUUAUUUCUUAGUCACAGGAUAUGUUUUACAUUCAAGCAUAAAAUCUUUUGAAAUAAAAAAAUUUUUUUUAGUCAC